UAUUUUUCCUCCAUUGGGAAGGAUCAUAAUAUAAUAUUGUUUUGAAAGAGAAAAAUACAGAAAACAAAAUUGCAGAUUUUGAAGUAUAGAGAGAGACAGAGAUUGUGCAUGGUUAUCAUCACCGAUGGAGCCAACAGGGUCUCUUCUUCAAUUUCUAUAUCCGGAAAAUAGAUGCAUGUAGAAAAGGGGACGAAACCAAUCAGGUUCAGAUUAUGGUGUUGACUCUUAGCCAUUGAGUUUGCAGUAUUAUUAGGAUUGUUGGAUUAGCAAUGGCUCCUGGAAGCAGUGUUUGCAAAGAAGUUGUUGAAUACAACCCAAAAACUUCAAAUUAUGACAAGACGAUGCAUAGAGUGGAGAAAACUAGUAAAAGUACCACUGGAUUGGGUGAAAAGCAUGGUAUGCCUGCAACCAAUGGUGUGCACGAGCUACUUGAGUGUCCUGUCUGCACAAGUUUAAUGUACCCUCCUAUUAACCAGUGCCCAAAUGGCCACACUCUAUGCUCCAACUGCAAGAUUAGAGUCCAUAACUGUUGCCCGACUUGCCAACUUGAACUGGGAAAUAUAAGGUGUUUGGCUUUGGAGAAAGUAGCAGAAUCAUUGGAACUCCCUUGUAGAUAUCGGAGUCUUGGUUGUCAUGAUAUUUUUCCGUACUAUAGCAAGCUCAAGCAUGAGCAACACUGCCGAUUCUGUCCAUACAACUGUCCUUAUGCUGGAUCCGAGUGCUCUGUCAUGGGUGACAUCCCUACCCUCGUUGCACAUCUCAGGAAUGAACAUAAGGUUGACAUGCAUGAUGGGUGUACAUUCAACCAUCGUUAUGUGAAAUCAAAUCCACGUGAAGUUGAAAAUGCCACAUGGAUGCUAACUGUGUUUAAUUGUUUUGGAAGACAGUUCUGUUUUCACUUUGAGGCCUUCCAGCUCGGUUUGGCACCAGUCUACAUGGCCUUCCUACGUUUUAUGGGUGAGGAUACCGAGGCAAAAAAGUUCAGCUAUACUUUAGAAGUUGGUGCAUAUGGCCGGAAGCUAAUAUGGCAAGGAGUUCCAAGGAGCAUCCGCGACAGUCACAGGAAAGUUCGUGACAGUCAAGAUGGGCUUAUCAUUCCAAGGAACUUGGCUCUCUUCUUCUCCGGUGGGGAUAGGCAAGAACUGAAGUUGAGAGUGAUUGGAAGGGUAUGGAAAGAACAAUGAGAUACUGAAAGAUUGAGGAUUUUUUGGGUGAUUGUACAGUUUUAAGUAUGUUAUACCAAUAUGCUGAUUGGUUUUUUCAUUAGUGCAUAGAAUGGAAAUUUCUGUGUUUGGCCUGUUGAGGGUCUGUAGAACACUUCAAUUGAGUUUAUGUUGAAAAUUUGAAAUUUCUUAUUUAGUCAA